AUGCGGAACAUCAGGCUCACACCACGAGAUGCAGUGCAGGAUCAACAUCAGCCUCAGCAAGGAGAUCUGCUGGAAGUGAUGUACUCUCACUCUGAGGUCAGAGGUCGUCAUGCUGAUUGGGAUGGUGAUGGAGGCUUUGGUGGUCCACACAACGAAGAAUCAGGUGUCACUUCCAGUGAUUUGGAGCUGACCUGGUGCUGCAGCAAAGGAGUAACACGCCUGGUCCUUACCGCUGCUCCGUCAUUGCUGUCGUCAACCUCCCUCUCCUCAUGGUGGGCCAGUUGGGAAUGGUGCGCUGUCCAACUGUUUCCUGCUGCUCCACCGACAACGCCACGCCAACCAGGAUGUCUGCAUGCCCCAGCAGUUACAGUAUUUUUGAACGUACUGGUGAUCAUCUCCAUCUCUCACUUCAAGCAGCUCCACACUCCAACCAACCUGCUCAUCCUCUCUCUGGCUGCGUCAGAUCUCCUGGUGGGACUGAUUGUGAUACCAGUAGUGASUSUAGCAAUAAUGGAAUCAUGCUGGGGAUUUGGGGAAUAUUUCUGUCUGUUUCAAUUCUACAUUACUUUCUUAUGUACCUCUUUAUCUCUGGGUAAUUUGGUCUUGAUAUCUAUUGACCGCUAUGUUGCUGUGUGUGAUCCCUUAUUGUACCACUCUAAAAUAACAACAACAAGAAUGAUGUGUUGUAUAUCCAUUACCUGGUGUUGUUGUAUCAUAUACCGUGCUGCUAUUAUAAAAAACGUUGUAAAUGUACAGAUACCAAGUAGGUGUUUGAAAGAAUGUUUUAUUGUUGAAGGGUCAAUCUGGGUUAAUACAAUUGACAUUGUAGUUACAAUGGUUGUCCCAUGCUCUAUUAUUAUAACACUUUAUAUUAACAUCUUUGUGGUGGCCAGAUCACAGGCCAGAAAGGUAUUUUCAAAAGAGACUGCCAGUAAGUCUGGUGUUAAAACUGUACAGGAAAAUAAGUCUGAGAGAAAAGCAGCCAAAACUCUGUCUAUUGUUGUUUUCAACUAURUCAUUUGUUGGAUUCCAUCUCUAUUUAUUUUCUUUUUUUUCUCUUUUUUAAUUGACAGUUUAUUUUCAGUUAUGAUCAUCGGCUUUCUGCCACUUGUUAAUUCUUUUAUCAAUCCAAUAAUUUAUGCUUUCUUUUAUCCGUGGUUCAAAGUGACAGCUAAACAUAUUUUAACUCUGAACUUUUAAAUUGUAUUUUUUUUAAAUCCUUUAUUUAACUAGGCAAGUCAGUUAAGAACGAAUUCUUAUUUACAAUGUCGGCCUAACUUAACUUAAGGCAUAAAUAUAGUUCAUAUGUUUUUA